ACUGACUGCUUGCAAGUCAAGAUCAUGCAGCUGUGGGAAAAAAAAAGGGAGUCGGCUGAAUGAACAAAUGUAGUAGUAAUAAUAUUAAUGAUGAUGAUAAGUCUGCUGCAAACUAGGCACUGCUAGGCUAUGUACGUGAUGGAAUGAAAACGGAGCGCCGAGGAGGAGCAGCUGCUCUUCGCUCUAAGUCGCGCUGCCGCAGUUUUGCCUUUAAAAAGCGCAGCUGCGUCACUCGCGUUUCUUUCAAAGCGCCGGCCGAUUCCGGCCUCUGGACGGACCGAGUCGCACUUCUUCGCGAGCGCCUCCGGAGUCCCACGCGGGGCUGUACCGUCCAAAGCCGGACUCGUCGCGUUAACACACGCCGUAAAACUGGCCGACUGAUUCGGGGAAGGGGAGGAAACGGGAGUCGCUUUGCUGGGAAUCAGCCAGCGCGACGGCCCAGCGCGCUCUUUAAGCGAGCGGUUAUGCUCAGCACGCGAAAAAGCUGGGACCUUGGCCACUCCCCCUGCUUGACGGAAUUCUGGAGGAGGGACGUCUCGUUGGACGCGAGCUCGCUGGAUUUCCUGAUGAGUGACGGUGAGGAGGACAGUUCCUGUCUUCCACUGCAGAGCGCAGCCUUCCCCCACCAGUACAUGACUGCUGACCUUCCAGAGUCCAGUGGCACCAGGGACCAGCAAUUGCUUAUACAGGCCCUUCAAGACAAGGCGUCUGAGAUCCAGGCUCGUCUGCACAACCAGGAGGCAAGCAGGAGGCUUCAGCUGCAGCGGUUGUGCCAGAGCCACGAGCAACACCUGCAGGACCAGGUGCCUGCGAUCCACAAUCUGCAGGACAUCUCAGGGAGGCAAGACACGGCCGAUGUCGGGCACUCCAGCUUGGGCAGCCGAGGGGGCCAGGAAGCGCAGAAGAUUGCCAAGUGCGUAACCCCUGAGCAGGAGUCGAAGGGGCGGCUGCAGGAGGACCGACUGCGCAGGCAGGAGAGCACGCAGCACCGGCUGGAGUGCUGCCUGCGCAAACAGGUGGAGGACUUGAAGACGAAGCUGCAGGACCAGUCCCAGGAAGUGAUCAGGCUUCGCUCGGAGCUGGGAGCAACAGACCUGGAGAAGCACCUGGAGAUCCUGGUGUCUGAGAACGAGCGGCUUAAGCAAGAGCUGAGUGCCUGCCAGGCCUCGCUGCUCGACGUCCCAGCACCGACGCACGCAUGCAGUGACUGUCUGCACAGCAAGGAUGCAGAGGCUCUGCGAGACCAACUGGUGCACCUGGAGGAGGAGAUACAGGAGAAGGACCGCCAGCUGGCUGAGCUGGAGAGGGCGGCAGCUCAGGUGGCGGAGCGGGAGCGGUGGUUAAAGGAGUCUCUGCAUGAGAAGGAAGAGGUGGAGCAACAGCUCAGCCGUCGCUUAAGAGAGUGCCAGCUAGCCCUAUCCCAGCAUGCAGCACAGCCCCCCCAGAUCAAGUACAUCAGCAAGACUGUUGAAGUGGAGUCAGCCCAAUCGAGGAAGGCCCUGCAGGAGGCACAGGCCCAGAAUCAGGCGCUGCAGGAGCAGCUGGUGGCCCAGAGACGACUCCUCCGUGACCUGGAGCUGCAGCUGCACGAAUCGCAAAGGGUCAGCAGCCAACUACGCACACAGAUCCUGGCGUACGAGGGCGAGAUGGAGCGAGCCCAGGGCCAGCUUGAGGCCGAGAUGCAGAAUCUGGAGGAGGAGAAGAACCGCAUCAUCGAGGAGGCCUUCGUCCGAGCUGAGAGUGAGAUGAAGGCCGUGCACGAGAACUUGGCCGGUGUACGGAUGAACCUGCUGACCUUGCAGCCAGCCCUGCGCACGCUCACUUUUGAUUACAACUGUCUCAAGAGGCAAGUGCAGGACUUCCCCUUGAUGCUGAAGAAAGCUAUUGCUGAGGCCAAGCAGGAGAUCUGCCAGGUGAUCGGAGAAGUGAGCAGUGCCAACCAGGAGCUGCUGCGCAAGUAUAAGAGGGAGAUGAACCUCAGGAAGAAGUGUCACAAUGAGCUUGUGCGCCUCAAAGGAAACAUACGCGUGUUCUGCCGAGUACGUCCCAUCGGGCUGGGAGAACUAGACGAAGCCAAGAGCAUGGUGACCUUUGACCCUGAUGACGAUGCUGUUCUAACCCUUUCCAACAAGGGAAAGGCAAUGACUUUUGAGCUAGACAAGGUGUUCCCCCCAGAGGCCACUCAAGAGGAGGUUUUUCAGGAAGUCCAGUCUCUGAUUACCUCCUGCAUUGAUGGCUACAAUGUGUGUAUAUUCGCCUAUGGUCAGACGGGCUCGGGAAAGACCUACACCAUGGAGGGCAUUGAGGACAAUCCGGGAAUUAACCAGCGUGCGCUGCGGCUGCUGUUCUCGGAGGUCUCCGAGAAGGCCCCAGACUGGGACUUCAACAUCACUGUCAGCAUGGUGGAGAUCUACAAUGAGACGCUUCGGAACCUUCUGGGAGACAAUCCACAUGAAAAGUUGGACAUCAAGAUGUGUCCCGAUGGUAGCGGUCAGCUCUACGUUCCAGGAUUAACGGAGGUUACAGUGCAGAGCGUGGAGGACAUCAACAAGGUGUUUGACCUGGGCCAUAUGAACCGGGCGACUGCUUGCACCAACCUAAAUGAGCACAGCUCCCGCUCCCACGCCCUCCUCAUCAUCACUGUCGCCGGGUUCAACGCCUCCACCGGGCACCGCACUAUAGGUAAACUCAACCUUGUGGACCUUGCUGGUUCAGAGCGUAUCGGCAAGUCAGGGGCUGAGGGCAGCCGCCUGCGGGAGGCGCAGUGCAUCAACAAAUCUCUCUCCGCCCUGGGAGAUGUCAUCCACGCCCUGCGCUCAAAGCAGGGCCACAUCCCCUUCCGCAACUCACGCCUCACCUAUCUGCUCCAGGACUCGCUGAGUGGGGACAGCAAGACCCUCAUGAUGGUGCAGAUCUCCCCGCUGGAGAGCAAUGUGAGCGAGUCUGUCUGCUCCCUCAAAUUCGCCCAGCGCGUGCGCACCGUGGAACUGGGUGGGCCGACUGGACGCAAGCUCAACGAAAACUCCUCCACGUCAUCCUCACCCACUCAUGACAGCCUGGAGCUGGACUCUCCUCCGGUGACACCUGUGCCUCUGCCCCUGUCGCGGGCCAGCAGCGGGGGUUCCACAUUGGCAUCUUCCUCCAGGUCCACAAGUAGCACACGCAGGAGGUCCCACUCCUACCAGUCUUCAGGAAGGACAAAAGUGGCAGUCUAAUGGAUGCUGGAUGCCCGGGCAGGACUGACGGGCCGCUGGCUAGAAGCUCUCCUUUGCUGGGACUAGUGCUGCGUGCCUGUAACAGGGUUACCUGAAAACUUUACAGUUCCGCAGUGCACCGACAUAUGAAAGAUGCAUUUUGAAACGAGAAAGCUCGGCUACAUUACCAGCAUUUGGAGUUCAGAGGAUAAAAGGGCACAGCUGCUGCUGCUCACGUAUUAGGGUGCUCACAAUGUCUUCCAGAGGUCUGCUGACGAGGGGAAAAAGUCUUCCGACCACAGUAUUUGUUCCAAGCAAGUUGCACUUUAGAUAGUUACCAUUUUUAAGCUCUGUUUUUGUAUUUUGUAUUGAAGACCGCUGAUGUCAACAGCACAAAUGUUUCCUCCUCGGCACCAAAAAUUCACAACUGAUAUUUGCUUAAGGACCUGGAGACUAAUUUUGUACAUUACUUUGUAGCAAUAAGAAACAUUUUUAAUAUUGUAUGAAACAUCUGUUGUUGCUGGAUUAGUUAAGUAAAACCUUUCGAUGCAUGCAUUUUUUGCUUGAUUUCUUUAUUUCUGUGGGAGGGUAAUUUAUCAAAGGCAUCAAAUUGACAGACUUGCCAUUGCCUCAAGAAAACUGCAGAA